AUGACUUCUUCGCGAAAGGUCAUCACCGACGACGACAAAUCGGCGCUGAUCCAGGUCCUCGCCUUGUUUCUACUCACCCUCAAUAUCCUCGCGUGCUCGGUACGUUCGGGUGCUAAGAUUUACAUCAUCAAGGCCUUGAAGGCCGACGACAUAUUGGCGAUUCUUGGAACAUUGCUUUCUGUCGGCCAGUCCAUUGCCGUAUAUGCGGCCUGCGAGCGUGGGUUGGGCAAGCACCUUAUUUCUCUGAGCCCUGGAGAUCGAGAGUCCUACUUUAAAAGUCAAUACGCGGCUGAUGUGUUGUUUGUGCUCACCAUCGGUAGCUGCAAGAUGGCCUUUGCCACCGGCCUGCGGAUGCGAAGGCUGGUGCCGGCGAUCGCCCUGCAGAUCAAAUUCUCCAAUCGGGCGUUCAACUUGUCAGACGACCUCACGUUCGCCCUAUGGGAAGCCACCAUCGCAAUACUUGUCGUGCAGUGUCUGGCGGUGUUUUCCGUCUGCCUGCCCAAUUUCAAAUUCCUCCUAGACAUCCUCGAAUCCGGCCAGGUCCGCGUCGAUGACCUGCGGCGCCAAGGACGGUCGAACGGAGGCAGUAGUGGGUACAGGUACGGCUAUGACCUGACUACCAGCAAUAGCGCAAUGAGGUCGGCGAAAAAAAGCACACGUGACUCUGUGAUGCGAUCCCAGGGCAGUCACAACGAGCCGUCAACGGUGGUGUGGCCGCAGGACGUCAGUGAGGUACACGAGAUGGUGACAUUUUCGACAGUCACAGCAGGAAAGAAGAAGGGCCAGGCCGCUGCGAACCCAACUUGGGACACACAAAGCCAGGAGAGCCAGGAGAGUCAGACGAUUUUGAUUCAUCAAACUUGGCAAGUGGAUACGCAAAGUGCUCAUCAUGCCGAAGGAACUGUCCAAAGCGCGGAAAUGAAGUGA